AUGGUCUUCCUAUGUCUGAGUUAUGAUGGGGUACGAGGAACAAAGUUGUCCAAACAAGAAGAUACUUUGGAGUUGGAGAAGCAACUAAAAGUCCUAAAUAAACCUCCAAUUAAAACCAUUAAGACUAAAUAUGGCGAUAUAUACGAUUGUGUGGAUUUCUAUAAACAACCUGCAUUUGACCAUCCUUUAUUAAAGAAUCAUAAUUACCAUCCUCAGAUGAAACCAUCAUAUUCUAUGAUAGAGAGUGUUUCAACUAUAUCAACAAGUAAUUACAAGUUAUCAAAAAUUAGAUUAUCUGAUGAAGGAUGUCCAGUUGGAACCGUUCCUAUCAGAAGGAUCACCAAAGAAGAUCUCAUUAGACAUAAACUUAUGCCUCCAUCAGAAGAUGUGAUGUUCAACAAUUUACUCAAUCGUUUUGCAAUCCUUCAUACUGAAGACUCUCCCGAUAACAAAUUUGGUGGAGCUGGCGAUGGUAAAAAUAGUGGUUGUUUCAAUUUGUUAUGUCCUGGAUUUGUUCUCCUAAACACACAAAUACCUAUAGAUGGAGAUCAAGAAAAAGGAAAUUGGUGGUUGUUCUCUACGGAGUCUAAUACACCAUUUGGUUUCUGGCCUCGAGAAGUAUUUGAUAACGAUUUUGCAUAUUUUGCAACGAGAGUUGAAUGGGGUGGAGUGGUAUAUAGUCUACCAGGAAUACUCGAACCUCCCAUGGGUUCGAGUUUUUUCCCUAUCGAAAACAUUAGUUAUGAUGCAUUUUGUAAAAAUAUGACACUUUUAGGUUAUAGAGGUGAACGUCUAGAAAGUCAAUUGUCCUCAUUUUUAUCUGAUAGUCAUUUGUAUAAUGUAUCGACUAUUCCUGAUUUGAUGUAUUAUGGUGGACCCGGUGAAAAAUAG